AUCUGCAAGCAUGCAUGAUAUGAUUAAUUAAGAUCCAAAAAGGAACUCUCGUUUUAAGUGAUAACACCAACUUUGGACGGAGUCUCUGAUCUCUUUGAAUUCUCUCUAGUUUAAACUCCCGUACGAGCACCAUCUUUGUACUUUUAGUUUUUUUUCCUCCUGCAAUAACUGCAACACGACUUUUAUAUAUAUAUAUAUAUAUAUAUAGUUUUACUUUUUACGUACAUACGCUAGUAUAUAUGAUAUAUGUAGUUUGCUGUCGAUCUGCGAAUUGGAGUCUCGCAAGGAUUGCAAGAGAAACAGCACCACGCUCCCGCAUUUAUUACUCUCACCACUUUCACACCCCUCCAUGCCAGCUCCUAAGCUUUCUUAUCAUUAACCCUCAACCCAUGCACAAGGCAAAUAGCAGUAUUUGGAUAGAGAGGGUCAUGGCGUUUGCUGGUUGUCUUGCUUGUUAAUUUCGUGGUUUUGUUAGGAGUUCUUUUGGGUGGCAAAGCACUUUAAGCACUUUGGAAUUAUCAGAGAAUCGGAGAUAUCCAGAGAUAUUAAUACAUACACUAGAGCCGAUCACUGAAAAUCUCAUGGGUUUGUCUGUUUUCAGAGCAACUUUUCUUGUGGUUUUCUUGGUUGGUAUUCAAGAGAUCAGUUCUGUGGAAGGGGACGUGUAUGGAACCGACUAUAUUAGUUGGGAUGAUCUGAAGGUCGAUGAGAAGAAGGUGGCGGCAGGAUUGACUGUCGGAGAUGAACAAGGGCAGAUUCUUGUGGUUGACAAGAAUGGUAGGGGAGAUUCUCUGACGGUUCAGGGAGCGGUUGACAUGGUUCCAGAGAACAAUACACAGCGAGUUAAAAUAUAUGUUCUCCCAGGAAUAUACAGAGAGAAGGUCUUUGUGCCAAGUUCCAAGCCAUAUGUUUCAUUGAUUGGGAACCAGAACGGAAUGUCUGAUACCAUAGUUACUUGGAACAAUAAAGCAUCAGAUGAAGAUAGCGACGGAGUUCAACUUGGAACCUCUGGAUCAGCUUCUGUAGCCAUAGAGUCCGAUUACUUUUGUGCAACUGGAAUCACUUUUGAGAACACAGUAGUUGCAGUGCCUGGAGGAUACGGAAUGCAAGCAGUAGCACUUAGAAUAGCAGGUGACAAAGCAGUGUUCUAUAGAGUCAGGAUUCUUGGGACGCAGGACACUCUGUUGGAUGACACUGGAUCACACUACUUCUACCAGUGUCACAUUCAAGGAAGUGUUGACUUCAUCUUUGGAAGAUCAAGAUCACUCUAUCAGGACUGUGUCAUUCAGUCGACCGCUAAGAAUUGGGGAUCAAUUGCAGCUCAUCACAGGGAUUUGCCAGACGAAAAUACAGGGUUCUCUUUUGUAAACUGCAAAAUCACUGGAACUGGCAGUAUCCUUUUGGGAAGAGCUUGGGGAGACUAUUCAAGAGUAGUAUACUCCCAAUGUAAUAUGGAUGAUAUAAUUACUCCCUCAGGAUGGAGUGACUGGAAGCAACCGUCCAGGCAGAAGACUGUGGUGUUCGGGGAAUACCAGUGCAGGGGCAGAGGAGCAGAUAAGAGAGGCCGUGUGCCAUGGUUGAAGUCUUUCAGUUAUGAGGAAGUUAGACCUUUCCAGGACAAGACAUUCAUAAGCGGAGAACAAUGGAUUAGGCUUUAGUGCUUGUCUCCAAUAGCUUGUUCAUUGAUUUAUCAUGUCUUCAUCCUCCUGUACCGUCCUGAAGGCCAAAACAGUUUAAGAUCAGCAGUAUGAGUUUUCUCUUCCUUUUGCUUUUCUUUUUCCAUUUAAGGGUAGAAACAAAGGGAAUAAUCCAGAUGGUGUAAGCUAAAACCGUAUCCACUCACAUUGUAUUGAGAUAUGAUAGAACAUGCAUUCUUUAUUUGAAUGCACUAUUUCCUUGAUGUUACUAUAAGAUGACGGCAAUUGAUACUGA